GAAACUAACGGCUAUAAAGUUAAACAUAUAUCCUGCAAAAGUUUAUAAUAAUCUGUACAGGGUUAAUGAAGACAAAAGACUUGCCAGAAGUGUUUUAAAUAAUUGGAUUGAUUGUUUGAGUGAAGGAAGGAAGAUGUUUAAAAAAAUCUUUGUUCUGUUGCCCAGUGAAAGAAAACUGGGAAAGAGGCGUUUCCUUUGUUAAGCAGUUAAGCAAUUUGAUAUGAAAGAUCGCAAACUUGCAGUUAGAAAUAUAGAUAAAUAUCUUUACAAUUAUAUAAUUAUUAAAUCCCUUAAAUAUCAUUUACCUUAGACUUUAAACAUUUCAUAUAUCAAAAUUGAAGUCACCCACUUUAUCCACAUGAAAUAAACGACGGUGAAAACACAGAGGACCUGGGUUUUAAUGGUCACCAUGUUCAUUCUGCAAAAGGAUAUCAUUAUCCAUCCAUACUAUAGCAGAGAUUAGGCCAUUUUGACAAAUGGACUGUUUCUGUUGUAAAAAAAAAAUAACUUGCAUGGUAAGAAAUAUAAGAGUUGGAAAUCAUUUAAGCCUCAGUGACAGAACGUCAAAGAGCAUGUCACGUAACCGCCUAUAUUAAGUGAACCGCAGAAUGGUUGCAGAUGCGCAUUAAAAUCGGAGAGGACUACAAUGAAAAAUUUUCAACACUACAAUAUAUCAUUUUAUAUUGGAAGUCAUUUAAUUAGUUCGCGAACUUUUUGAUUACCCCUCGUUUGUUUAAAAAGAAAUAAGAUAUCCUUCAAGCUUUUGAAAAGGAAGUAAAUUUAAAAAAAAAUACUUCAGUUGUUUAGAUUAUAUAAGGGAAGAAAAAUUUUCAGAUUUGGUAUUAUAACAAUUGACGAUUUGACAGAUGUACAUGAUGUAUCUUGCUCCUAACAAUAGCAUUUGAUCAAGUAUGGGAUUUUAUGCGAGUAAUGCAUUGUUAUUAUAUGUUUGGAUUUAUUCCCUACCUUUUGCUAUAAGUUAUGACCAGCUUGUAAAUACUGCGAUUACAGUAGUGAGUAGCAGUUCCACAUAUUCAGAUGGAUCUUACGCUGGGUCUGCUGACAAAACAAUUGACAGGAACUUCGAUCAGGAGUAUAAAAGCUGCAUGCAUACAGACGUUGGAAGGUCAGAAGCCUGGUUACAAAUUGAUCUUGGAGGCAUCUUUAAUUUGAAAAGUGUAAAAUUAUGGUAUAGAAAUGAGAGAAAUAGGGGAAAAGACAAAAAUACGAGAAGACUCAAAGGAUUUUCAAUUCUGGCGUCACAUCUGUCAAAUGUAGAUAAAAGGUACCAAUGUUAUCAAGACCCAGGAAAUGUGACUCUUGAUACAGUGCUUGAAGUAAACUGUACACGUUUAGCGCGGUAUGUCACGAUUUAUAAUGAUCAGAAGAACGAUCCAGGCGGUGUAUUUCUGGAGAUCUGUGAAGUGGAGAUUUACGGUUGCCCGCGUUAUAGAUAUGGCGAAGAUUGUACUCGAUGUGAUACGUGUAAUGCUGAAUGCGACGUAACGGGACAGUGUGAUACGCACGGUUGUAAAGAAGGAUAUCAUCCAUCAUUCUGCAAAGUAUGUAUUCCUGGGAUAUUUGGCAAUGAUUGCAAAGAGGUAUGUGGUUACUGUGAAAGAAAAGAGCCAUGUAAUCAUAUCAACGGAUCAUGUCCUGGAUUGUGUGAACCCGGAUAUUAUGGAGAAAAAUGUCUCACACCCUGCAGUGGUGGUUUUUAUGGCAAGAACUGUCAUCGCCGCUGUGGACAUUGCUUGCACAAAGCAAGAUGUAAUCACGAGACAGGUUAUUGUCCAGAUGAACUCUGUGAGCCAGGAUAUAAAAAAAAGAAAUGUAAUGAGGAAUGUGAUGACGGGUAUUUUGGCAAUAACUGUAAAGAAGAAUGUGGUCACUGUGCAGGUAAAAUGCCGUGCAAUAAAACUGACGGUACUUGUCCAGGAGAAUGUGCAGAUGGAUGGAUAACACCCCGCUGCAAUGAAAUAUGUAGUCCUGGAAGAUAUGGCAAAGAUUGCAAAGAGGUAUGUGGUUACUGUGAAAGGAAUGAGCCAUGUAAUCAUAUCACUGGAUCCUGUCCUCGAUUGUGUGAACCCGGAUAUUAUGGAGAAAAAUGUCUCACACCAUGUACGUUUGGAAGGUAUGGCGAAGGCUGUAAGGGAAUAUGCGGUCACUGUGAAAGCAAUAAAACUUGUAAUUAUGUCAAUGGAUCCUGUCCAGGGCUAUGUGAACCUGGAUAUCAUGGGGAGAACUGCCUAACAACAAACAACCAGGCGAUUAAAAACAAAACAAACGCAGUCUUUUCCCAGGCUCUCUAUGGUGUUACAAUCAUUCUAUUUCUAAGCAUUUUGCUCAACAUAUUUUUAAUUGUGCGAAAUGCCAGAAAAUUCUCUAAAAAGACAAAGAGACAACAAAACUCAAAGAAUGUUGAAAACAGACCUGUGAAUAAAAUAUUAGAAGAUAACGUAGGCUAUCAAGAACUUGGAGAGUUGAGUCUUCCCUCCAUUUAUGAAAAAGUGGACAAAAAGGAACACAAGGAAAGUUACCAGGAACUUGGACAACUUAGCCAACCCUCUUUGUAUGAUAAGCUUAAAACAGAUAAUAAGCCUUCGUUACUUAUUACUAACAAAACGAAAGUUGAAAGCAGCUCUUUGUAUGUAUGGGGAUCUUACUCCGGAGAUGCAAACAAAACCAUCGAUAGGAACUUCAGUCAGAGUUAUGUUGCCUGUAUGCAAACCGCCCCAGGACAGUCAGAGGCCUGGUUAAAUAUUGACCUCGGUAGAGUCUUCAAUUUGAAAAGUGUUCGAAUUUGGUAUAGGAAUGACCGUGGAGCGUACAACACUAAAAGACUGAGCGGAUUUUCAGUACUUGUAUCCAAUAAUUCAGAAUGGAGUGUUAAUGACACCUGUUAUCAAGAUUCCGCAAAUGUUACACUUGAAACAGUGCUUGAAGUGAAUUGUUUUCAUACAGCUCAAUAUGUAAAGAUAUACGCAAAUAAGAAUAUUGAUGGGGGUGCUAUUCUUGAGAUCUGUGAGCUGGAGAUUUACGGUAAUACAACAGGUUGUUCAUACCAGGACAAUAAUGGAAGUUGUAUUUCAUGUGACGAGUGUAAGAAUGAUUGUAACAUUAACGGGGAGUGUGAUGAAUGGGGGUGUAAAAGUUAUAGUCUCCCUCCUCCAUUCUGUAAAGGUAUUUCCUCAAACCUGCGCAGCACAGUUAAGGUUAAAAGGGAGUAUCGUGCAACAAGGUUGAUGGGUGCUGCCACGGAGGUUGUAAAGAUGGAUGGACGAAUCUCUACUGCAAUGAAAAUAACUUCCUUUUUCACAGUGCAUUUGGUUUUGAUCACGAUGGGAUUCAAUGUGUGUAUUCUACUAAUACUUUUUACAUGGAUCAAUAAUUUUUACCGUGUUUCAUGUUAUGAUCAGCUUGUAAGACCCGGAUACACCAUGGCAAGCAGUAGUUCUGUUGAUUAUGAUGGAUAUCCAAACAAGACAGUGGAUGGAGACUUCAGACAAAAUAAUUAUACAUACUGCAUGCAUACAGCUGUCGGACACACAGAGGCCUGGCUUAGGAUUGACCUUAGGAAGAUCUACAAUAUCCAAUCAGUCAAGUUUUGGUAUAGAAAUGACUCGAGAUUACUAGGGUAUAAUACAAGAAGAAUUCAAGGGUUUAAUAUUCGCCUCUCAAACACAACCCAGACUAUUCCUCGGCACAUCUGUUAUCAAGACGAUGGAUCUAGAAGGAUACCUCCAAUUUUGGAAAUAAUGUGUGAAGGAGCGGCCCAAUACGUAUGGGUUUACACAAAUAGGAAUUUUGGAUUUGGAGCAUUUCUAGAAAUAUGCGAAAUGAAGGUGUUUGGUUGUUCAUACCAGGACAGUGAUGGAAAUUGUAUCCCUUGUGACCAGUGUAAGGGUGAUUGUAACAUCAACGGGGAAUGUGACGAACAGGGGUGUAAAAAUGAAAGUCUAAGUCCUCCAUACUGUAAAGAAUGCAGAAAAGGUUUAUACGGAAGAAAUUGCAGUAAUGCCUGUGGAUUCUGUGAUAAACAAGCAGUAUGUGAUCAGGUAAAUGGUUCUUGUCCCUCGGGACACUGUGAACCAGGAUGGAAACAUACACUUGAUCAAAGAUGCAAUGAAGAAUGUGAUAACAGAACCUAUGGGUUAAACUGUAGUCACAAUUGUGGACGCUGUGCAGAGGGGUUAUCGUGCAACAAAGUUGCCGGGACCUGCCCCAAGGGUUGUGAAGAUGGAUGGACGAAUAUCUACUGCAAUGAAAGUAAGCACACUGUUCCAAUUUAAUGAAAUUAAAUAGGA